AUGGCGCACGUCGACUACGUCCUGUUCGAGGCCGCCCUGGGCUAUGCCCUCUUCAACGUCGUGCACCAGGCCGAUGCCGUGGGCGCCAAGUUGAAGGAGGUCCAGGCCGCCAUUAACGAGCUGCCCAAGUUCAGCAAGAUGGUCAACCUUGUCAACUUUACUCCUUUCAGUGGUCACAUCGAGGCUCUCGAGAACGUCAACUUGAUCUCCGAGGGCAUUGUCUCCGACCAGCUCAAGUCCGUCCUUGAGCUCAACCUCCCGCAGACCAGCGGCAAGAAGAGCAAGAUCACGCUGGGUGUGGCCGAGAGGAAUCUUGGUAGCGCUAUCAAGGCCCAGUUCCCCGGCCUCUCCAUCGAGACGAUCGAGACCUCCGCGGUUGUUGCCGAGCUCAUCCGCGGCAUCCGCCUGCACGCCGAGAAGCUCCUCAAGGGCCUCCAGACCGGCGACCUGAGCAAGGCCUCCCUGGGUCUGGCCCACGCCUACUCUCGCGCCAAGGUCAAGUUCAACGUCACCCGCAACGACAACCACAUCAUCCAGGCCAUUGCCACCGUCGACUUCCAGGAUAAGGGCGUCAACAGCUUCUUCAUGCGCCUCCGUGAGUGGUACGGCUCGCACUUUCCCGAGCUCCAGCGAUUCACGUCCGACAACUACACCUACGCUCAGCUUGUCGGCGUCAUUGGCGACAAGAAGACGCUCACUGACGAGAAGCUGCACGACAUUGCCGCUGUUCUCGGCGAAGACGGAGAGAAGGCCCAGGCCAUCAUUGAUGCUGCCAAGGUCUCCAUGGGCUAUGACCUGAGUGCCCCCGAUUACGACAUGAUUCAGCAGCUGUCUCAGCUUGUCGUCAAGCAGGCCGACAACCGUCGAUCCACCUCCACCUACCUUGACGAGAAGCUCGACCAGGUCGCGCCCAACCUCAAGGCCCUGCUCGGAUCUAGCGUCGCCGCUCGUCUCAUCUCUCACGCCGGUUCUCUUACCAGCUUGGCCAAGCUGCCCUCGUCCACCCUCCAGAUUCUCGGUGCCGAGAAGGCUCUCUUCCGAGCGCUCAAGACCAAGGGCAACACUCCCAAGUUCGGCCUCCUGUACCACGCUGGCGCCAUCGCCAAGGCCAGCAAGCAGAACAAGGGUCGCAUGUCCCGAUGUGUCGCUAACAAAGCCUCCAUGGCCUCUCGUAUCGAUGUCUUUUCUGGUGAGCCUGACGACCGAUUCGGUCAAGCCUUCAAGGCCCAGGUGGAGGAGCGCCUUGAAUUCUAUGCGACUGGCAAGCGCCCUACCAAGAACUCUGAUGUCAUUAAGUCCGUGAUGGAGACUCUCGGAGAUGCCGGCGAGAAGCUGGAUGAGGACAUGGUUGAUGCUCCCGAUGCCGCCGCCUCCAAGAAGGAGAAGAAGGACAAGAAGAAGGAUAAGAAGGACAAGAAAGACAAGAAGGACAAGAAGCGCAAGCAUGGAGAGGAUGAGGAUGUCGCCAUGACCAACGCCGAUGACGGUGAGAAGAAAAAGAAGAAGAAGAAGUCCAAGGGAGCCAAGGAUGAGUAG